AAAUCAUUUAAACUUAAUCCAAUUACUUCACCAACACUCGAUCAUAGAUCGAGCAACUCAUUACAAUUCACUCACCGAUCUGUUCAGUAAAUCAAUCGCAACUCCAAUCCAUUACAACCAGUCUUUCAAUGAGCCUGAAACCCAUAAGUUCAUUCUCGAAAGUUUAGAAACCUUUGUUGGUUUACUUGGGAUCAGUUUCUUACGGUUUCAUCAGUUGGUGUUACCUUAUUUGAUGAAUGUGUUGACCAACUUUAAGGUUUGUUUACUCGAGCUUAGGUGUAUUGGGAUUGGGUUAAGGGUUUUGAAUAGGGUUGUGGAGUUUGAGUUGGUUAGGGAUUGGAAGAUUAGGAUCGGAUUGGUUUGUUUGGUUUCUUGGAUUGAAUUUAAACAAGUUUAUAAAAAAAAAGUAACCGAAGUUGAAAUUCAUCAAAUCAAAUCGGUUUAUUCUUUAGUUGUGAAGAAAUGUUUGGUUAAAGAAAUUGAUGAUCAAACCGAUCAUCAGAAAAAGAAACCGUUUAGAUUGAUAGAUGAGAUUUUAAUGAUUGAUGAAUCUUUAAUGGAACUUUUCUUAUGAUGAAGAAGAUCAAUCAUAACUUUUCAGAUCGUCUUUCAAAUUUUCUUGGGUUGAUGGAUUUUUUUUUGUAAAAAUGUAGCUUGCAAAGUGUACAAUGAAGUGGAAUGGGAGAUCAAAGUAUUGUUGUACAACUGAUUAUACUGAUCAAUGCUUUAAACAGAGUCAUUUUGGUCCUAGG